AGAUUUUUUUUUCCACGCAUAAAUCAUACUGUUUGCAAAAAAAACAUCAUGGUUAUGCAACAGACAAUGGCUAUGUUUACGUGCACACCAUAAUCUCAAUAAAGAUCAUACUGUGGAUAAAGGGAUCUUUUGAAUAACAUGUUUACAUGUGUGGCAGCAACAAGAAUAUUCCUGUUUAUGAGCGUAUUCUGAAUAAUACACCAUCAGUGGUGGGUGACGUCAUGGAGCAAUUCUUCUUCUUUUCCAGUAACAAAUCAAAUCUCGGCUGGGGAAAUGACCACCAUCCUGUUCGUGUUGUGUGGCAUCACAAUUUUAGAUAAUCUGCAUCGCAAUUUACUAACAACCGCUCACAAAAAAAAAAGGAUUUCGGAUGAGCCAUGGGACUCAUUAUCGUGCUGUCCGGAUCAAAAUUGAAGGAAUGAAAAAGAGAAUUUGGUUUUGAGUUUCACUUGGUUAAUGGAUAGUCAUGAAAACAUCAGAAGAGUUUCUCCUCCUCUUCAACCAUCUUUGUCGUGCCGAUGAAGCUGCUGGUUUUGUGCCUCUUCUCUGCAUUUCUACUCAUCAGCUGUCAAAACCCAAAGAAGCAAUGGGCCCUGCUGCCCAACAUUUUGGUCGUGGAGGUGGACGGGACUUUGGGCCAGCAGCCCCUGAGCUGUCUGGAGGAACACAAUCAGAGUCAAAGUAUCUCCUGGAAAAAGAAUGGAGCCCUGGAGACACAGACGGGAAAUCUGUACAUGGUGCAGUUGGUGGAGAGUUUGGGAGGGGGCAACUACACCUGCCACAGUGAAGAUGGCUCGCUCCUCAAUUAUACUGAGCUCCUGAUUUAUCAGGAGGACCCCGACAGCAGACGGAUUCUUGUGAAAGGGGAAAAAGAGGACUACUUAAAUUGCUCUGCUCAGAGUUACAGUGGGGAGUUCCGCUGCUCUUGGACGUGGCACAGCAGUCGCGUGGGCAAAGUGGCAUUCGUCAUCGUUGAACGCUUUUCUGGCACCAAUAGCACCCAGUGUUCUCAGGAUGCUGUGGACCAGCACUGGAUUUGCUCAUCAGGUUAUGGUAAAGUCAUUUGCUCGGUGGACGACGACGGACGAGGGAUCUCUUGCUUGGACGAGCAGCACUGCUCCUAUGCCGAAGAGCACCACCCAAUCCACGUCACCGUCUUUGUGAGGACGGAGCACUUCCUGCUGGAGAGCUACUCGAAAUUCUUUUUCAUGUCAGAAAUAGUGAAACCCGACAAGGUGAGAAUUGGCAGAGUCAACACAACAGUGAUUGAGUGGACUUACCCCAGCUCCUGGAGCAGGCCCCAUUCCUACUUCCCCCUCACCUUCCAGAUUGCACAACUCAAGGGCCGAUGCAGAAAGUGUGACAACUCGUGCGCUGGUGUAAAACCAAAGCACCUGACAGUCCAGUCCACCGACAGCUGUCAGUUUAAAGUGAAGCACAGGACAAAGACAGUGUGCGUCCGAGCAAAAGAUGCUUUCUGCAACUCACAGUGGAGCGAUUGGAGCCACAUGACAUUGAAGAAAAUCAGGAUGAACAAAGUGAAGAAAAAAGAUGCAUGACAGAAGAUUGCAGCGAUCAACACAUCAUCUUGAAUUUAUGUAUUUUCUCUAAUAUGAUCAUGCUUGUAUAACUUAUGAAUAAAUAAAUGUGUUUUCUGCCUGAACAGUCUUUGCUGUCUAAUCUAUUUUUAUGAUUGCAUUUUUAGUCAAACAUUAUUCAUUUAUCAGAUAUAAUUUGAAAUCACUCAGAAGAUCAAAUAUUACCUAAAUUCCUGAUUUAAUUAUAUUUUACUUUUUCCCAAUUUAUAAAACCAUUUUAUGUUUGACAGCAGGUAACAUUUUUUUUAAUCUAAUAGCCCUAAAACCCACAGACCUGUCUGUAAUCGCCGACCUAUAUUUGGUUUUCCAUCGUGGCAGGUGUGACAUCUUUAGCAUUCAGCAACAACAUCUGUAGAUUUCAAUGAAUUUUUUACUCAUCUAUUUCAUUUCUCCAAUUAAGAAGGGAAAUAUAGAUACAUACAAUGAACCAUGUGACAUAUGAUAAAGCCCACAUGGUUAGUUACGUAACAGAACACACUGCAUAAUCCCCAGCAUAUAUAAAGUGAAAACCAACCCCAGACGUAGUUCCUCAAACACUCCGGCGAGAGGAAGCUCUGACCCUGGAGUCAGACGCUUUCAAUGACUCUUUAAUCAGUCCUCCCUGUAAAUUCUUAUCUGGACAACACUGUCAAAAACACAUGGGACUUUACCUGUGUAGUCAUGUUUUACAAUUGUCUGCAUUAGUCACUACUAAGUUUCAUAAUAUUUAGAUUUAAAUUUUUUGACCUGUUUUGUAGCACAAAUAUCAUUUAAUAAUCAGGAUUAAGGUUCACAAUGAUUUUUUUUUCUUUUUUUUUAAGGAAAAGUGCAAAUUGAUUCACCAAGGUCAAAGUUUUUUCUAAAAUCAAUAUGAUUAUACUCAACUUUAUUUAGUGAAUUUAUUUUAAUUAUUGAUGUAAAGCAGAUAAAACAACAUUAAGAUUUGCUUAUAAUUAAUAUCAAUAUAUUGUUGUUGUCAUUAUCUGUGGGACUAUGUAUCCAUCAUCAGCAUGUCACUAUAGUAUCAUAAUAAAUAAAUAAAUACACAGGCAUUCAUACACAUCAUAAUGGGGCGCAGACAUCGACGAGGGUCAGUAGAGUACGUGCAGGUCUUUGUUUUGCACUUUUUAUUCCCUAUAAGGUAUAAAAGUGCUUUAUAAAUAGAUUGAAAUUUUAUUUUCUAAUAAUGUUUGCUUCACACCGAGCGAAAGAAAAGUAAAAUUAGGAGUAAGUUUUUGCAGGUUUGUGUGUGUGUGUGUGUGUGUGGCAGCAAGAAAAAAACAACUUUAUUGACAUAAAGUUUGGUUAACAAAUAGAUUCUUGUCACAUUUGAAGGGACUUAACUUGUGCAAAAUCUAUACCUAAAACAUGUUAAUCUAGUCUUAACUGCUAAUAAUAUAAAUUAUUAAACAAACGCUGAUAUGAUUUUUCAUAACUUUGAAAAGGGCCUUAAACUACAAUUAUGGAAGUUUUUACCCUAAGGAGUUUAAUUUUCUCUUAAACAUAAUGAGGAAGAUCUGAUCGACCCGAAAUUCCAGCACAACUGCAACUGACGGCUGUACCCACCAGCUUUCAUGACCAACUUUCCAUGUCACAUGAGCGAAAAGCCCAAACAAGAAUGCAUCACA